AUGAGCGAUGCUGCUUACGCUUUCGGUGGUGAGCCGUUGUGGAAUUCCAUCGUUUGCAUCCGUCCUGCUGCCGAGCUAGACAAGAUGGUCGGUCCUGGCAGCGAGACACGUCAUCCUAUUGUUUCCUGGAGAGUUUGUAUCAAAUCGGAGGACGGAUCAUUAACGCAAGAAACAAUGCAAAUGAAAGCAACCAAGGUUUCUUUCGAUCGCUUUGGUGAUUCGGUCAAGUUCCGCUUCCUUGUGACAGGAUUUGAGCAGACGGCCACGGAAGAAGUUGGCCAGUGCAAGCCUAAGGAUUUCUCCACAUCAUCGUUGCUUACCACUCAAGAGCUCCGCUUAACUACUCGCAUGAAAUGGGAGGUAGGAAGCUUCAAAUGGAAGAGCAACACGUCUGCUGGGCUUGUCACUCGAACAGCGGUGGUAGAAUGCAAAUUCAAUGACGGCAACAUGCAGGCAUCGGACAUUCUUCGGAUCGAAGUGUUCUCUCCAAAAACGUCCGAGUUUGAUAAGGGCAAGCGACUCGCGAAGGCAUUGGAGUGGGGCAAGCUUGUCGUCGAUGCCAACCUCAAAUUUCAAGAGCUGAUUCACGAAGAAAUGUAG